CUACAGACUUCAGACUCUGUCCUGUGCUAGCUAUGCAUGUCCAGUUCAGUAGUGUUUACUCCUUCCCGACUCGAGAGUCGAAGUCGCCGAUGUAACUACAUGACUUUGUACUCAUGGUACUUGUUACUGUUAGGUUUAUUGUAGUUUGCAGUGAGUGGUGCAUUGACUUGAAAAAAUCUCUGGACAUCAGGACCAGUACUGCAGUAGAUCUAAUAAUAUUAUAGUAAUAGUGAUACACAGAGAUAGUAUUGUGCCACGCACCACAGGGAAAGCCAUGUGGAAGUAAUACUUCUUUUGUCCAGUCGUCGACGUUCACAGGAUUCAUCGCGUUUACGUCGUUGGUGGAAGCGCUGCAUGGGCGCUGGCAGGGCUGAUCUGCAGCGAUGAGCGGCAAGAAGUCGUACUCGCAGCUGGACGACGUGGCGCGGGGUGACCAAGAAUCGCUGUCAAGUAAAAGACGUUCAGGAUGUAGCUACAGUUCAGCAACCACUCUUGAGCGCUGGCUGGCGUUGGUGCUCGUCGUAGCGGUGCUGUCCAUUCUGGGUCUGGCCAUCUACAUCGGCAUUGACCGCGCCCGGCAUCACAAGAACACGCCGCAGAAGAGCAACCCCUGCACCAGCCAGGAUUGCGUGGUGUUCGCCGGCGAGAUCGCGGCGACGCUCAACAAGACCGCGGACCCGUGCGAGGACUUCUACGAGUACGCGUGCGGCGGCUUUGUGGCCACGCACAUACGUCCCGAUGACGUGGGGCGCUUGAGCAGCUUCAGUGCUCUCUCCGACAAGAACUUUGAGCGGCUGCGCCAGGAGCUGGUCAUCACACCAAAGUCACACACGUCGGCCGUCGGUAAGGCCAGCCUGAUGUAUGAGACGUGUCUGCAGCUUGCCCAAAUCACUCAGCUCGGCGCUGCUCCGCUGCUGUCGUUCAUUGCAUCCAUCGGUGGACUGCCGGUGAUCUCAUCAGCUAGCUGGAAUCCCGAUGCGUGGAACUUUGAAGACGUCGUCAUCGAGGUGCAGCAGCGCAGCAAUGCCGCCGGUUUCAUGUCAAUUUCCAUUGAACAAGAUGCGAAGAACACCGAGGAUAAUCUGUUCCACAUCUACUCCUCCGGCCUUGGUCUCCGCUCAAAGACCUACUACUCUGGAAACUCGACCACCAAUUUCAGAUAUCUGACGGCAUAUCGGAAGGAGAUGAAAGCAGUGUUUGUGGCACUCGGCGCCACCGAUGCUGAUGCAACUCAGGCUGUGCAAGAGAUAGUCGACCUGGAGACCAGAGUAGCAGCUAUACAAGCCAGUCUAACCGAGCUACGCGACCCAGAGAGCACGUACAACAAGUGGACAGUGUCCCAGCUCCAGUCAGCUGUACCAGCCGUUGAUUGGCUGAAGAUCAUGAAAGGAGUUCUGGCGGCCGAGGUUCGCGACAGGAUUUCCAAUGACACCUAUAUAAUUGUCCAGUGGCCGGCCUACAUGAUGGGACUGUCGGAACUUCUCGACGAUUACAAGACCAACAAAACGAUUCUCGCAAACUACAUGACCUGGAUUUCAAUCAAGUCUACCCUCGUUCAUCUUGGCCCACCGAUACUGAGCUACGUGGAGACAUUUCAGCGCGAAACCGCCGGUACUGAACCAAGGGCAAGGUCUCAUUUUUGUGUUAGCACCACCGACAGAACGUUGGGAUACGCCACGGGCCGUCUGUUUGUCGACAAGUACUUCUCACCAGCGACCAGAACAGCUGCAACAGAGAUGAUAGAAAACAUACGAAAGGCAUUCUUGGACAAUCUGCCCAGUGUAGCGUGGAUGGACGAACAGACAAGAAUUGCAGCGGCAGAAAAGGCCAAGGCGGUGCGGAAACUGGUCGGCUAUGCAGAUUUCAUCAAGAAUAACACAGCAUUGAAUGACCGCUACAAAGAUUUGCUGAUCAAUGAAACGUGUCACUACUGCAAUCAUCUAGCCGGUAUUGUGCACAAAAACAGAAGGAAUUAUGCCAAGCUUUUCAAACCGGUGGAACUAGAAUUUGGAAUGACUGCAGCCACAGUAAAUGCUUACUACGAAGGCACUGAGAAUGUCAUUGUCUUCCCUGCUGGCAUCCUUCAACCGACGUUCUACUACAGUACAGGACCAGAUGCGAUGAACUAUGGCGGCAUCGGGGCGGUCGUUGGUCACGAGCUAACUCAUGGAUUCGAUGACAAGGGUCGGCAGUUCGACAAACAGGGCAACUUGCAUCCAUGGUGGUCAAAAACGUCGAUCAAGAAUUUCGAGAAGCGCGCAUCAUGUAUCGCCAGCCAGUACAGCAAGUAUACAGUCUUUGGAGAACAUGUGAGUGGAAACCAGACGCUCGGAGAAAACAUAGCUGAUCAUGGUGGUCUGAAGAUGGCCUACAAGGCAUACCAGCAGCGUUUGAAGACUUCCGCCGACAUGACCCUGCCUGGAGUUGACCUGACCCUAGAUCAACUCUUCUUCGUCUCCUUUGCUAGGACAUGGUGCUCAAUCACAUCCAAAGCAAACGCUCUGGCUCGUCUGAGAACAGAUGUGCAUAGCCCCACCAAUUUUAGGGUUCUGGGUACGGUCAGUGAUGAUGAGAACUUUGCCAGGGCAUUCAAUUGCCGCAAAGGAAGUGAAAUGAAUCCAGAACACCAGUGCUUGCUAUGGUAGGUAACGAUGUUCACAGGCUGUUGCCUGCCACUCGAUGGGACUCAUAGCUGGCGAUCUUAUUGGAUAUCACGCAUUUUUCGAAAAAUUAAUAUUAAUAAUUUUGUAAUGCCCCAUUACAUCUGUAUUAACUUAUGAUGCUACGUGCCCACACAUCAUUGUUUUCAUACAGAGUCACAAGCAUGUUCAAAUAGGAUUACAUCCUCCUCACGCCGCUCGUUCUUUGCUCUGCAAUACAGCUAGCGUAGCCAGCAUAUCCAUGCCCUUCUCUCUCCAUUGCCCCAUGUAUAUUCACACUAAGCCAGUAUACUUUCCCGGCCUGCUGUUUUCAGAGGCACAUGAUCUUUUUAGUGCAAGCAGGCAUUCGGUGGCACUAUGGUGUUUUGAGUUAAACAAUAAAUGUUGCCUGCCUUUGCCAGGGGGGAAA